CUCCCCAAACACCCAACGAUCAAUCCCAUCCACUCAAAUCGCUAUCCACCAUUGCGGGUCAGGCCUUCGACAGGCUUAAGCAGCCCUCCAUUCAGGAUACACCUGCACUUAGGGGUAUAGCAACAGAAUCACGGGUACUUAACAUCAACUUGCCCCAGCAUUCCCAUGAGAGAGACGACGAUUACUUCACUCCUACUAGGCUAUAUAAGAUCGAGUUCACCUUCAGACAUUUCAGAGUGAGGCCAAAUUGUUGGCCAAUUAGCGCAACCUCGACCCGGAAUAUCAAGCACCAUAACAAGCUCCUCACCAUCAACCAUGGCACCAUCGGCAACCAGCGGUGAUGGCGUCAACGGUAUCACGAAGUUGAAUGGCCAGACGACGGGCACGCAAUUGAAGGCAACCGCUCCCGCAUUCCACCCCGCUGGCACUCCCGAUCGAUCAAAGUACCACGCCUCCACUUCCGACGAAGCCAUCCAUGCCGAGCAUCAAUACGCCGCCCACAAUUACCAUCCGUUACCGGUUGUCUUUGCUCGAGCACUGGGAACAACGGUAUGGGAUCCAGAAGGCCGACAAUACCUGGACUUCCUCUCCGCAUAUUCUGCCGUGAAUCAGGGCCAUUGCCACCCGGAACUGGUCAAGGCCCUUGUUGAGCAAGCCUCGACCCUCACGCUGAGCUCGAGGGCAUUUUACAAUGACGUAUUUCCCCGUUUCGCAGAGUUUGUCACAAAGUAUUUCAACUUCGACAUGGUCUUGCCGAUGAAUACCGGUGCUGAAGCGGUGGAAACCGCGGUCAAGAUCGCCAGGAAAUGGGGAUACAAGUCCAAAGGCAUCCCUCAUGACGAGGCAAUCGUGCUCAGUGUGGCGGAGAACUUCCACGGACGCACAUUUUCUGCCAUCUCCAUGUCCACAGACCCCGAAUCCCGCGACAACUAUGGCCCUUAUCUACCCGGCGUAGGCAGCAUCUCUCCCGCCACCGGGAAAGUGAUACCCUACAACGACAUCCCCGCCGUCCGUGCUGCGUUUGAAUCCCACGGCGACAAGAUUGCCGGGUUUCUCGUUGAGCCGAUCCAGGGCGAAGCCGGUAUUGUGGUUCCCGAUGACAGCUAUCUGACUGAGCUUCGCGCGCUGUGUGACAAACACAACGUGCUGCUCAUCUGCGACGAGAUUCAAACUGGCAUUGCCCGCACGGGGAAACUUCUCUGCCACGAAUGGGCUGGAAUAAAACCAGACCUAGUUCUCCUCGGCAAAGCCAUCUCCGGCGGAAUGUACCCCGUCUCUUGCGUUCUCGGCCGCAGAGAUGUGAUGCUCACCAUCGAACCCGGUACACAUGGAUCCACCUACGGCGGCAAUCCGCUUGGUUGUGCAGUUGCCAUUCGCGCUCUGGAGGUUGUCCGCGAAGAGAAGAUGACCGAACGGGCAGAGAAACUUGGACAGCUGUUCCGUGAUGGACUGAGGAAUCUGAAUUCGGACUUGAUCAAGACAGUCAGGGGCAAGGGCCUGCUGAACGCGAUUGUCAUUGACGAGGCAAAGACGAACGGUCAUAGUGCGUGGGAUCUGUGUAUGUUGAUGAAGGAGAAAGGAUUAUUGGCCAAACCCACGCACCAGAACAUCAUCCGUCUCGCCCCGCCGCUAGUCAUCACGGAAGAGGAAAUCAAGCGUGCCUUGGCUAUCAUUGCGGAGGCCGUGGUGGAACUUCCAAACUUAAAGGGAGAGAAGGAGAAGCAGGUGCUUCCAGAGGGAGAGAAGAAUGUUCACAUCGGUGUGGAUAAUUAAGGCGGAUUGUGUUGGCGGAGAGGAGUCGCCGCAUGGCAGGACCAUGGGCAGCACGAGGCUAUGAUGCAUCUAAUACUAACGAGUCACAGAGGAAUGACGUUCACCGGAGACGUGGGUCUUUGCUCGCGGAGUGGUGGCAUUAACAUUCAGCUUUUCAGCCAGGGAGGUGCCGGUUUUGGAUUGUCAAAGCAGUGGUUUCCCAGUGGUCAUGGAGAAUGUCUGUAUUGAUAAGGCAUAGACUCUUACGGAACCGAAUUCGCUGCAUGGACGUUUGGAAAUGUUCAGUCUUGUGUGGACAACAACAAAGGGUGUUGAGGACCAAAGUCGAGGGCUCGGAUUCAGCCACGACUCCAUAUGCUGGCCUGGAUAGACAUGUAUCAACUCCUCUGCUCCACCAUCAUCCACCCCGUUCGGCUGUCCCCCGGCCAAAGCCUCUUGCUCCCGUGGGGUCCAUCGUGUCUUUUCAUCACUUAUCCCCGGCAAACAUCUGACCAACAUACUUCAGGUCGUGGUCCAUUGGCGGCUUCUCUUGGUGUUUGUCGUGACCAUGGCCCGCCGUAUGAGCCCGUGAUGGUUGAGAUGCAGAGUGACUGGGGCAGGCUCCGUCGUCUUUCGAGGUCGAGCCCGUGGUUGCCCCCGUGGUGGAUGGGGUUGUGAAGAUUGGCCCUGUUUUCUGCCUCACACUCGCCGGGCUUCUCUUCGUGGAGGGGGAGGGGAUUGAGCUGGUGUUGGUAGGGCUCAGGCCGUGCCAUGGUUGGUGCCGGGGGUCUUCGGCCAGGAAGCGUUGCAUUGGGGAGACGUCAACAGAUGUCGGUUCCUUGACCUUUUUGGUACCUGGGGUGUUGGGGUCGGUCAAUAACCCUGGGGAGGUCGCAUGCCAUGUCGUCCUUGACUUGCUCAUAGUGCAGGUAGUCAGGAAGGGUAUUUGGGAGGGUCAAACCGGGGUCUUGACAAUGAAGAGGUAGCAGGAUAUCACACCGAGGAAAGUAUUCAAACUCCUUGUGCAGUCAUCCGCACAUCAAUUGAAG